CUUGGUUAUGUGUAGUCUAUGAGAAUAUGGCGGUAGCGACAUGUUGCUGACAACUUGAUAUGGGAUGGGCGUCAUUUUAAACGAAUAUAGCUCUUUUUUUCUCAAUAGUGAUAAUGAAUACUGAUAUCGCGGCAAAUAAAUAUGGCGAUCAAUUAAUGUUAAAAUCGUUUACCUUAACGGAUCGACAGGUUUCAUCGAAAUUUAUAAAGAGAAAGUGUUCACUUUGUUACGUCGGCCUGUCAAUAGUUAAAUCUCGUGGUAUAGAUAUCGUGUUGUUUAGGGUUUAACAUUUUAAAGACAUAAUUUCGAUAAUAUAGUGCACUUCAUAAAUGUAAAAAUGGCCCGAGAAUAUGAUCAUUUAUUUAAGCUGUUGAUGAUAGGAGAUAGCGGAGUAGGCAAGAGUUCUCUUCUCCUGAGAUUUGCAGACAAUACUUUCAAUGGCAGUUAUAUAACUACGAUAGGAGUGGAUUUUAAAAUACAGACUGUAGAAGUAGAUGGUGAGAGAGUAAAGCUGCAAAUUUGGGAUACGGCUGGACAGGAGCGAUUUCGGACAAUAACUUCAACUUACUAUAGGGGAACUCAUGGCGUUAUAGUUGUAUACGAUGUGACCAGUGGUGACUCAUUUGCAAAUGUUAAACGGUGGUUGCACGAAAUAGAGGAAAAUUGUGACGUUGUUAACAGGGUACUUGUAGGAAAUAAGAACGAUGCGCCUAAUCAGAAAGUAGUGCUUACGGAAGAUGCACAAAGGUUUGCCAAUCAAAUGGGAAUUCAAUUAUUUGAAACAUCUGCCAAGGAUAAUAUCAAUGUCGAAGAGAUGUUUAUGGCAAUAACGCGACAAGUAUUACGGACCAAAAGAGAACGGAAUGAGCGUCAAGCAAUACAAACGAACGAAACAGUUAAUUUGAGAAAAAAUACAAAACAGCAUAGGAAAAAAUGUUGUUAACAGUACCGCAAAAAAAGUGAAAACUGUUAAUAAUAUUAUUUUAUACAAUAAUAGGAUAGAGAGAAAAAGAGAAAGAAAGAGAGAGAGAGAGAGAGAGAGAGAGAGAGAGAGAGAGAGAGAAUAAAACAGCGAGCACGUGUUCGUAAAUUGGCGAACAUGAGAUGCCAUACACCUUGAUAUUUUCUAAAAACCACUAAGUUUUCUAUCACGAUUAUGAAAUUUAAGAUUGCUUCCUAAUGAAAGUUUACUUUGAACUAUAUCCAUAUUCAAAGAAAUCUGAAAUCUCAUGAGCGUAUAUAGCUUAUUCAGCCAAAGUGACUUUGUAUGGUAUUCUGUACUUUUUAUUCGGUACAAGAAUACUAUUUGACGCUGUAAUAAGAACAAAGUUUAUUUAUUUUGUAACAUCUAUAGAGGAAAAUAUGAGUGAAGUAGAUAAAGUGAAAACUUUUGUUCCUCUUUAACAUUCCUUGGAACAUCUGGCAUUUCUGGGAAAAAAAAAAAGAAAAAAAAAAGAAAAACAUAAAAAGAAAUAGAAAAAGAAAAAAGGAAAAAAGGAAAGAAACAAAAAGAAAAACUACACUUAACAAAAUCAAGAAAUAUAAGUUCUGUAUAAAGAUUGAUUUAUCAUUUUAUUGGCUGAGAUAUUUGUGUUUUAUAAAGCAGGUUCGAUUUUUUAAUAAUGUUCAGAGAACAUAGUUAUCUCUUAUAUAAUAUGUUACUCCUUAAUUCUAGAAAAUGUUUAACGAAGUAUCAAUGAUUUUCAAAUGAUUUGCUUCAAAUAUAUAGUUUUAAAGAUCGGUAAUCAUUUCUUUAAAUUAAUCCAAAUAUUUGAAUUAUCAUUCGCAUGAAUUGUCAUGCCGCACAAAGAGAAUAGCUAUACGAAGCAAAAGUUUGAACGUUUACAUUAAUUUGAUAUUUCGUAUUCCAUCUAAACCACAAUAAAACACAUAAAGCCAAUUCGAA